AGAUGAGGAGAGCAAAUAUGCAAGUUUCAAUUUUCCAAAGGCCAAAAGGGUCCUGACAGAACAUUAUUAAAACACUUCCAAGUUCCAACUCCCCAGCCAAUAAAUCAGCAUCCUGUUCUUGUCACUCAAUACUCAUUACUUUUUCUUUCUCAAAAUGGUCAACUCCCUCCAACAGUCCAACUCAUUCUCUCUUUUGCUACUUUGUUUUUAGCAUAUUUAUUGGGACGUUUGGGUGGGAUUAAAUUCAAAGACAAAGGAAAAGAAGAAAAACGAAAACAACAUAUUAAAUCAGCCAGCCACAGAAAAUUAGGUGCUUUCAUCAUCAUAUUAUACAAAAAGAGAGAGAGGUACAGAAGAACACUUCGAACCCAAUACGGAACAAAGAUCACUCCUUUCCAACCUUGUCAACUCCUUUCCCAAAAGCCUCACAUGGAGAAAGAUCAAGAAUUUAUGGUAUCCCAAUUGAGGAAAGCAAUUGAAAAGUUAGGAAUCCCCACUGAGAAGUUUGGAGACCUUACAAUGAUGAGGUUCUUGAUUGCAAGAUCAAUGGACGUUGGUAAAGCUGCAAAAAUGUUGGUGCAGUGGCACAAGUGGAGAACAUCAUUUGUCCCUUUGGGGUUCAUUUCAGACUCUGAAGUUCAGGAUGAACUUGCAGCUGAAAAACUUUACCUGCAGGGUUUAUCAAAGGGAGGAUUUCCUGUUGUGAUUGUGAAAGCUAAUAAGCAUUAUCCCUCCAAGGAUCAACUUCAAUUCAAGAAAUUUGUGGUUCACCUGCUAGACAAAGCAAUUGCAAGCUCUUUCAAAGAUGAAGAAAAUGGAAAUGAAAAGCUGGUUUUCAUUCUUGAUCUAAGCAAUAUUACGUACAAAAAUGUUGAUGCUCGAGGUCUAAUCACUGGUUUCCAAUUCCUACAGGUGAAUCAGUAUGCCCCUAGUUCAAAUUAAGCGUAAAUAGAGUAUGAGUCAUGUGCAAUAAAUUUCCUAUCCAAGUCUUUACUGCUUCAGCGUUAUCUAACUUAAAUGGCAUAUUUUCCAUCAUUAACAUUCUUUGUUGCUUGUAUAGGCUUACUAUCCAGAACGCUUGGCAAAGCUUUACUUUGUACAUAUGCCUGGAUUCUUUGUGAGUAUCUGGAGGAUGGUUUCUUACUUUGUCGAGAAAGCUACACUUGAAAAGGUAUGUUUCCAUGUGGAGACCUUAUGCUAACCCCAUCCUUCUUCCUCCUGAAUGGUAUAAGUUUAUGAUGAUAUGUACAGGUUAUAAAUGUAACAAACGAAGAGGAAAAGAGGCAGUUUAUUAGUGAAGUUGGUGAAGAAGCUUUGCCGGAAGAGUAUGGCGGACGAGCAAAGCUUGUUCCGAUGCAAAAUGUUUCCACCAUUCUAUGGAGCUAUUAGCCUGUCUAUGUUGAUUGCAUUCGAUGGAUCACAUUUCUCUGAAAGCUGUCCCGGAGUCCUGAAGUGAUUGCUCUUCAUACGAGAAAGGAAAAUUAAUGACAACCGCCAUUGUUCUAAUCAUCUAAUAUUUUAUUAGCUCAUAGGUUUCAUUAUCAUCAAAUUCUGUAGUUUGUUGGCCAAUAGCCUUAUACAAGGGAAACCGAAUAUACUGCAUACAUUGUGUCCUUGAUGGUCUGUAAAAGAAAACCUUUGUAUUCAUUUCUCCUAUGAAAAACAAGUUUUAACAUCUGACUUUUUUUUAACUUUUAGCUUCAGAUUGUAAAAUAUCUGAUAUUGAAAACAAAUCAAACAUAUAAAAGCCAAAUUCCCAACAACGGAUAUAUGUGGGAACUCAGUUAUUCUAUAAUCCAGGUGAGCCACAACAAAGAUGCAUGGCUCAUAUCAUACAUGAAGUUAUUUCUUGUAGUUGUAACAUAUAGAUUACACAACUGAAUAAGAUCUUCAAGGGCAGAAAACAACCCUAUAAUUAGUACCACUUGGGCAAGUGAACAAACUAGUUGGAUCAUCCUGAGGAUAACUAUAAGCAUCAGGGCAUCUAUCCUUGAAGAACCUGGAAAAGUCUGUUGGUCCACAACUGCCAGGUCCAUUAGUACAACAAUACUGAUUCGUGCCAAAAACAGUACAAGGGUUGUUGCACCCGCCAGGGGUUCUCAGCUGAGCCGGGCAUUGAUCCACGAUCGGCGCAGAACACCUGAUCACCCGGCAAGGAGUCACCGAGCUGAACUCCAUGGGGAUGUUAAACCCGUCGACAUUGGAUAUAUCAAUGAAAUCCAGAUUGUUGGGCUGGUUUAAGGCAAAUUCGGGCUACCAUAACCUUGACAUUCUAAACGUCCGCAAUCGCCAGUUUGACACUGGCCUUGACCAUUAGCAUCGAAAUUGCAGUUAGUGCGGCCCCAGAUACGAGCUCCGGUUGUUCCAGGAGCCACAUUUAGAGUCCAGGAUUGGCCUCGGUCCAAUCGCCUACCGCCUCCGGGGGAGGCAGCAGCCCACACAGUGUAGGUACAUUGGUUUAUUAUGUCAAAAGUUGCAGCAUUGGUUAAGGUGAUGAGAUACAAAGAGGUGAAAAAGAGAGCACAAGUUUGAGUGAAUUUAUUCAUGUUUUUG